UCUCUGAUGCCCACUGGCCACCCUCAUGCCCGUGUCCAGAGGCGCACCAGGAGGGAACAAGACCUAUUUCCCCUUCUUCUCGGACUUCAGGGGCCGCAAUGUGACGGCCCUGCGCAUCGGCGAGUCAUCCGCCCUGGCCUUCAUCUUUCUGCUGUCGCUGGCGGGGAACAUCUGGGGCAUCUGCCUGCUGCUGAGGCGGCACCGCCGGCUCUGCGCCGCCAACUGCCUCGUCCUCAACCUCUUCUGCGCCGACCUGCUCUUCAUCACCGCCAUGCCCUUCAUCGCCGUCGUGCGCUGGACCGAGUCCUGGGUGCUGGGCAACUUCGUCUGCCACCUGCUCUUCUAUGUGGUGAGCCUGAGCGGCACCGUCAUCAUCCUCUCCCUGUCGGCCGUCAGCCUGGAGCGCGUCGUCUGCAUCGCCCGGCUGCGCCACGCCGCCUUCCGCCGCCGCAAGGUGCUGGCCGCCGCCUUGCUCCUCAUCUGGGGCUUCGCCGCCCUCGCCACCCUCCCGCUCUGCUGCUUCUUCACCGUGAUGCGGCUGCCCACCCCCGCCGGCCAGGACAUUCAGAUUUGCACCCUGGAUUGGCCCAGCACUGCAGGAGAAACAGUCUGGGAUACAACCUUUGCCAUUGUUUUCUUUCUGAUACCAGGAUUCAUCAUUGUCAUCAGUUACUCCAAAAUCUUACAGAUUACAAAAGCAUCAAGAAGAAGUUUAAAUGCUGGUUUAGCCUACCCAGAACAUCAUCAAAUUCGUGUUUCCCAGCAAGACUACAAACUAUUCCGAGCCCUUUUUCUGUUGAUGACCUCUUUCUUCAUUAUGUGGACUCCAAUAAUAGUAAUUAUUUUUUUAAUUUUAGUUCAGAACUUCAAAAAAGAUUUAAAUAUUUUGCCAUCAGUUUUCUUCUGGAUAGCAUUAUUCACUUUUGCCAACUCUGCUGUCAAUCCAGUUCUGUAUAAUGUUGCCCAUUUCAGACGUAAAUGUCAGGAAAUUCUUCUCUGUUGUACAGGGAACCCUGAAAGGCAUGGACCAGGUACAGAAACCACUGCAAGAAGAAGUAACCAUGAACAGCCACAUUUGUCUUUCAUUACCAGAUAAUUAUUUAAAGUCUGAGCUGUGCCACACUUUGGAUUUUGUCUAUGUUAUCCCAGGUCACAUAGGUUAUUAUGUUAUAGAAUUACAUGCCAAAGGAGGAGGAAAAAAGCUAAAUAUGUAUUUUUCAUUCCUGCAGGUAAAAUUCUCUUCAUUGCUUUGCCUCAUUAAGAUUGAACAAUUUAAUUUAAGGGAUUGAAUUCUCCUCUUACACUGAAAUAAAUAGAAAUAUGGCGGUGAACUUGGUGAAUGUCAAAUAGUUGAAUUAAGUACUUUAAAGUUUCUAGUGAAAAUGUUCAUACUCAGAAAGUAUCUGCUUUUUUUUUUUUUUAAUCCAGUUUUUAAAGGGAACAUGAUUAAACACUUCAAUGACUGUCUACCUGAAUGUAAGUUUGAGCAGACUAACUGAAACAAGGUAAUGAACAUGUGUUAUCAUCAAGUAAAUGACCAGUUUGGUUCCAUCUCAAAUUAAAGCUAUGGACUUAAUACAUGUGAAUUAACAAGUAAAGAAUAAAUAAAUAAAUGAUAAA